AUGGAAAAUUCUGUGGAUCAGCCUCAACUUGAUACCUCAAUUAAUGGGACAUCUAAUGAUGUUUCUCCGCAUAACAUCUCUGGCCAACCACCAGAUGAGGCUCCGGCCAUAGUUAAGCGCAAGGCUGGUGAAAUGGAUGCAUCGACAGAGCCCCAGGAUCACAAACGAAGGAAGGGAACAGUGCCCAUCAAGGAAGAAUUCCUGCUGCAAGCUGACGAUGUGGUCGGACUGGAAGAUGCCCGUGAUGGGGCCGAUGAUGAUGCUGCCGAGGCCUUUCACCACAAAGAUAGGCAACCAGCGAGCCAUAACAGCAAAGGUAACCGCCACCGCGAGAAGAAGAAAGGUCAGAACAAAGCCCGCGAAUUCGGUAGUUCGCGGGACGAAGUAGGGUUGUGUUCCAGUCGAGUCUACAGACCUGAGUUCUCACCAGAUUCAUGUGCCUACGGAGACAGGUGUCGUUUCGAGCACGACAUCCGGAAAUACCUCAGCGACUACAAAAGAAAAGACCUCUCCACAUUCAACGGCCUGUGUCCUGUAUGGGAAGUGAAGGGAAAAUGUCCCGCUGGAUGGAAAUGCCGUUUUGUUGGAUCUCAUUCUAAAGAAGUAGACCACGGUGACGGCCGACUGGAACUGGUCUUGAUCGAGGAUGCCGAACGGAUGGCAAAACAUGCCGAGACUACAUCUGAAGACGAGGAGGCCGGCGUGGCAAAUGCCCUUACUUCUCAGCAAAGAAUUCAGCUGACCAAGAAGAAAGUCACAACCCCAAAGUCAGAUCAAUAUCUGCAUUGGCUCGAGAAACAGACUCAAAACCCAGCCCAUCAGGGUCGAGGUGGAAACAAAUCCUUUCGCAACUCCUCGUCUCCGGAGCCCGAGUCCAGUCGAAACGGGCCGGGUGGGGAGAGCACGCAAGAAUCGAGGGCAGCUUUUCAGGAUCCUCCUCUGAGGCCAUCAGAGAAACGUCGUUUGUACUUUGGUCCUGAGACGCCGAUUCUAGCACCCUUGACCACACAGGGGAACCUGCCCUUUCGGCGUUUGUGUACCUCUCUCGGCGCGACGUUUACCUACUCAGAAAUGGCCAUGUCUUUACCGUUGUUGCAAGGCCAGAAGUCUGAAUGGGCUCUGCUUAAAGCCCACGAAUCGGAAAUACAACCCCCGACCUUCUCGAUCAAAGGCAGCAACAACAUAGUGUUCGAGUAUGAUCAGAAACAAGACCUUCGGUUUGGUGCGCAAAUCGCCGCCAACAAGCCUUGGCUAGCAGUCAAAGCAACCGAGAUCCUCACCACGUUAUUGCCUCGAGGUCUUCGGGUGGUAGAUCUCAACGUGGGUUGCCCGAUUGACCUGGUCUACAAAGAAGGUGCGGGUUCGGCUCUAAUGGAUUCGCCACAUAAACUAGAGAAGAUGCUGAGGGGGAUGAACAUGGUCUCGGGCGAGAUACCAGUCACAGUGAAGAUUCGAACAGGGACUCGGGACAAGCAACCGACCGCACAGAAACUGGUCAAUCGCCUCGUGCUAGGCAGUGGGCGUGCGCGUGGAGACGCCUGUGGUGUCGCGGCUAUAACUCUACAUGGUCGAUCAAGACAGCAAAGAUAUACCCGUUCUGCAGACUGGGAUUACAUUAAGGAGACCGCGUCUCUGAUACAGGAGCUAAACGAGGAGGCAGACGCUCAAGCUGACACUAUCCAUGAACCGGACGAGCGCGAUCAACCAAACGGCCACAAAGGAUCCAGGAACGGUAAAGUCUUCUUCAUCGGCAAUGGCGACGUCUUCUCACAUGAGCAUUACUAUGAUCAUUUUCAGCACGCUGGAGUUGACGGAGUCAUGGCGGGUCGAGGGGCGCUUAUCAAGCCAUGGCUCUUCGAAGAAAUCGCGGCAGGGCAGUAUUUGGACAAGUCAUCCUCAGAACGGCUGCAGAUGGUUGAGCGUUUCUGUCGGUACGGACUGGAAGCAUGGGGCAGUGACGAGAUCGGCGUUGGGCAGACGCGACGGUUCUUGCUCGAAUGGCUCAGCUUUGCUUGCCGGUACGUGCCGGUCGGGUUGUUGGAGUAUCUGCCUCCCAACAUCCAGGAUCGACCUCCUCGAUACCGCGGACGGGAUGAGCUUGAGACUUUGAUGGCCAGUGAUAACUACAAGGACUGGAUCAAGAUCAGCGAAAUGUUCUUGGGGCCUGCGCAUCCUGACUUUCGAUUCGAGCCGAAACACAAAUCCAACAGCUACGAGAUCCAAGCGGAGGGCUGA